CCGUGCACACCAACGUCUUCGCCGACGGCAUUGGUCAAAAGGAGAUGCAGUUCCGGCCGUGGUUCGACCCCACCGCCGAUUACCACAACUACACCAUCUUCUGGAACCAGUGCAUGAUCGUGUGGUUCAUCGACGAUAUCCCGAUCCGUGUGUUCCGGAACUACUCGGCGCAGGGCGUGCCGUUCCCGACGCGGCGGCAAAUGUACGCCUUCUCCAGCAUCUGGGCGGCGGAGGACUGGGCCACGCAGGGCGGCCGCGUGAAGACGGACUGGACCAAGGCGCCUUUCGUCGCCGAGUACCGCGACAUCAACCUCCGCGUCUGCGACUGCGCCUCCUACGGCGCCGCCGGGUGCCCGGACAGCUGCGCAUCGUCGUCAAACUGGUACGCCGCGCCGGACCUGUGCCAGCUGAGCGAGAAGCAGCUGAAGCAGAUGCGCGCCGUGCAGCUCGGGUACACCAUCUACGACUACUGCGCCGACGGCAAGAGGUACAACGGCACGGUGCCGCUCGAGUGCAGCAUGCGGCAGUACUGAUCAAAUCAAUUUGGAUCGCGAUGGAUUCAUUUUUGUUUCCUACCUUCUUCAUUGAUUUUUUAUGCAUUCAUAUGCAGCUGUGUUUUUUAUUAUAUUGUUUGACUUGUUGAUUGAUAGCUAUGCGUAUCAACAAUUGAAGAAAUUUUGUGAUUCUUUUUUCCUGUUCUAUAUGCUGCUGCCAUGUAUAUUUGUAUGAAAUUUUACAAAGAAUAUGCCUUUUGUAAUUUCUGAAACCAGAUGAUUGUUUGACAUCACAAUAUGCUUCAAACUUCGUGAACACACACCACCAGCUCCGCCAAACAUAGAACAUCCAAUAUGUCACAU